UAUUCACCUUAACAUUUUCCAACAAUUGAACCCGGCAUUCCGACCUUCAUUCUAGCAAAAGGCCGGCGGGGACUUUUAAACUCCUACAUCAUAAAAUUCAAUCGUCUGAUCGGAAGUCCGAGAUGGUGAAGGAGACGGAAUAUUAUGACGUGCUUGGAGUCAGCCCCGCGGCUACGGAGGCCGAAAUCAAGAAAGCUUAUUACAUCAAGGUUCUAGGUGAAGCUUACCAAGUAUUAAGUGAUCCAGCUCAAAGGCAAGCUUAUGAUGCUCAUGGGAAAUCUGGAAUCUCAACUGAUGCGAUUAUUGAUCCUGCAGCAAUUUUUGCGAUGCUUUUCGGAAGUGAACUUUUUGAGGAAUACAUAGGUCAGCUCGCCAUGGCAUCAAUGGCUUCUCUGGACAUUUUCACUGAAGGGGAGCAAUUUGAUGCUAAACGGUUGCAAGAGAAGAUGAGGAUUGUCCAAAAGGAAAGAGAAGAAAAGCUUUCAGAAAUUUUGAGAGGUCGACUAAACCAAUAUGUUCAAGGUAACAAAGACGAUUUUGUUAAUAAUGCUGAAGCUGAAGUAGCAAGGCUCUCCAACGCAGCCUAUGGAGUUGAUAUGUUAAACACAAUUGGCUAUAUAUAUGCCAGACAGGCUGCUAAAGAGCUUGGGAAGAAGGCAAUUUAUCUGGGUGUGCCAUUUGUUGCGGAGUGGUUUAGAAACAAAGGGCACUUCAUAAAAUCCCAAGUCACAGCAGCCACAGGUGCUAUUGCACUGAUUCAACUUCAGGAGGACAUGAAAAAGCAACUUAGUGCUGAAGGAAAUUAUACUGAAGAAGAGCUUGAAGAAUAUGUGCAAUCUCAUAAGAAACUGAUGAUUGAUUCCCUCUGGAAAUUGAACGUGGCUGACAUUGAGGCCACACUUUCACGUGUCUGUCAACAGGUACUUCAAGAGAACCACGUCAGGAAGGAGGAGCUCCGUGCACGAGCAAAGGGAUUGAAAACACUUGGUAAAAUUUUCCAGAGGGUUAAGUCCACCAAUGUGAAUGAGAGUGAAACGGUGGUAAAAGGUUCAGUAGAUAAACUGAAUGGAAGUGAAUCAAGCCAUGAUGCUUCUCCGAUUUCAACGUUGAAAUCUUCAGGCUCUGAAGAAAAAUCUUAUGCUGCAUUUGUAACACAGAGUCCGUAUGUGGAGGCUCCUAAUUUUCCAGGUGCACAUAUUAAUAACUACUUCCCGAGGCCAACAGCACCUCCAGGUGCACAAAGACAUCCUUCAUCCAGCAGGGAUUGAGUCAAUGUGUAUGUUUGUAUGUAUCAUGUAGGAUAUUGUAUUUGUAAGGUUUUAGAUGUUCUUGUAUGAGUGGAUAAUCGUGCUAGAAAGCAUCUCGUAUCCCUCUGGUCUGAGGCUAUGUGUCGUGUCGUGGAUAUAGUAUUUAUAAGAUUAAUGGCUGUAGUCGGAACUUUUCAUCAUUCCAGCUGCUGCUUUUUGCCGCUUGGUGAUGAUUCUUGAACUCUUUAUUACAUUGGACUGUGUUUCCGUCGCACCAGUCGCCAAAUGCCGCUAUCAUCGAUGGCUUCAGUUUGAUUUCCCCCAAAUUAGAAAAAUAUUGAAUUAGUUUAUGUUGACUA